AUGUCGAGCAACGACGGCACCGUCGCCCUCAACAACUACCUGCAGAACAAAGGCAGAGCAGCCGCCUUACAUUGGGAAGAUACGUUCACAGGACCGCGCCACGACGGUCAGUGGACUUCUUACUGCAAGAUCAAUGGCGAAGUAAUCGCGACCGGCACCGGCACCCAGAAGAAUGCCGCGAGGGAUGCCGCUGCUAGAGAGGCUCUACCCAUCCUGAUGGCACAAGAUGCUACUGAAGCGGAGACUGUGGCGGAGUGA